CAAGAGCAGAAGCAGAGCGUGUGUGUUAAGCAAGUGUUUCAGUGAGCAGAGCAGCUUGCGGAGCACAUAGGUAGCUCAGUUUGCUCUACAGCCAAAGUCUAAACUUCCCAGACAGAAGCGAGCAAGAUUCACAGAAGGGCAGUAAGAGGCAGUAAUAUACAGGAGGCAAGAGUUUCCAUGGAACAAGAGAGAUGUGACUUCCUUCACACCAAGGAAUUUUGUGCUCUUUGGCUUCUGAAAAAAUUCUCCCCCCUGCACUUGUCAUCAGGGAAUCCACCUAAGGAUGCGGACGAGGAUCAGCAAGUGCUAACAUGCAUUUGGGGGUCCUCUGUGCAGACUCACUACAAUGGACAAGCCUGAUCAGACAAGCAGUGACGUUCCAGACUCCCAUGCUUACUGACUGUGAUGGCACAUAAUAGUAAUGUGACAUCAAAUGAGGGAUAUGGAGUGGCGGCGAGGAUUGUCCUCAUUUCCUUUAUCUCAGCAGUGAUUCUGAUGACCAUUUUGGGGAACCUGUUAGUGAUGGUGGCAGUAUGUCGGGAUAGACAGCUAAGGAAGAUCAAGACUAAUUAUUUUAUCGUGUCACUAGCAUUUGCUGAUCUGCUUGUAUCAGUCCUGGUAAUGCCCUUUGGAGCCAUAGAACUGGUACAGGAAAAGUGGAUAUACGGGGAAAUGUUCUGCUUAGUGCGCACAUCACUUGACGUUCUCCUGACAACAGCCUCCAUCCUUCAUCUUUGUUGCAUAUCACUGGACAGAUACUAUGCCAUCUGCUGCCAGCCUCUGGUUUACAGAAAUAAAAUGACUCCCCUCCGAAUAGCCCUGAUGCUCAGUGGCUGCUGGAUUAUUCCAACAUUUAUAUCAUUCCUCCCGAUCAUGCAAGGUUGGAACAGCAUUGGUAUUCUAGACUUGAUAGAAACAAGAAAAUACAACAAAAGCUCCAAUUCAACAAACUGUAUAUUUAUGGUGAACAAGCCCUAUGCCAUAACAUGCUCAGUAGUGGCUUUUUACAUUCCUUUCCUCCUCAUGGUACUUGCCUACUAUCGUAUCUAUAUCACUGCUAGAGAACAUGCCAGGCAGAUUGGAGUAUUGCAAAGAGCAGGAGCCCCAGUAGAUCAUCGACACCAGCAUCCUGAUCAACAUACCACUCACAGGAUGAAGACAGAAACUAAAGCUGCCAAGACCCUCUGCAUAAUUAUGGGCUGUUUCUGCCUUUGUUGGGCCCCAUUUUUUAUUACCAAUGUGGUUGAUCCUUUCAUAAACUAUUCUGUACCAGUGGAGCUGUGGACAGCUUUUCUCUGGUUAGGCUACAUCAAUUCAGGCUUGAACCCUUUCUUAUAUGCCUUUUUGAACAAGUCUUUCAGGCGUGCCUUCCUUAUCAUUUUGUGUUGUGGCGAUGAGAAGUAUCGAAGGCCUUCCAUCUUGGGUCAGACUGUCCCAUGUUCUACCACUACUAUCAACGGGUCCACUCAUGUAUUAAGGUACACAGUCCUGUAUAAUGGACACCACCAGGAGCAUGACACUCUUCCCAUCCACAUUGACCCCGAGUCACAGGAAUCCUGCUUCUAGUCAACAGCUGGAAUUAAAACUGAAUACCACAAGAAUACCCACCUGGGAAAUUGCUAGACGAUAUCUGUCAGAUCAGAUCUGAAAAUACUCUAUCCAUCUGCAUGAAAAGAUUUGGAGUGUACCAUGUGUGAUUCCCAGCUGUAUCUCCAGCUCUUUCUCCCAGAAGAUUCUAAUGAUUCAGACCCGUUUUGUUACCAUGCCUGAACUUCAGAAUGCACACUCUGGCAAACUUCAGUUUUCAAAAAAAAAUGGUAUAUUAAGUACGCAAGACAAGGUGGCAUUGCAAAGUUACAUAAAUGAAUGCAGGAAGAACAACAAAAGACAGGUUCAAAAUGUAAAACAUUAUCUCUACAGCAGGUGAUUUUAGGAGUGCAAUGAUCUACAGUAGCAACAUACAAGUCUGUUCAGACUUCACAUAUAUCUUCCCAGUGCCUAAAACUGAUGGGAGAUCAUGAGACUAGAUUGGCAGCUGGUCCUUCAGAGACCAGCAUGAACUGUAUGUAACUGUGGGUCCACAACAGAUUGUAUAUUUUUCAUGUAUUAUAGAAUAUAUCUGCAUGUACUUAAGACUGACUGUGUCUUUUUUUUAAGCCUACUAUUCUGGCUGAUUGAAGAGCAUUUCUCCAUCUGUCAACAUUUUAAUAAUUUUCUUUUUCAGUGGUAAAUUUAUAUGCAGGUUCUUCCAGUAGAGUCUGUGUUAUUUUGUAUCAUCAAGGAACUACAUCC